AUGGAUAGAAAAUAUCAUUUUGGCAAAGGGGGUCGUAAGAAUAACAAUUACUCAAUAGUUUUUGAAAAAAGAAAGGUAAAUAAAUCCCAUGCAAAUUUUAUGGAUUACGAUGAUUCCGACAAUACUGAAAUAUUAAAAAAUCAUUUAAAAGAUUUAAAACAACUAAAAGAAAAUGUAAUAAAAAAGAGAAACCAAUCUAAGGCAUUAAUAAGAACAUUCCUGGAUUCUUUUUUUUCCAAUAAAGAAACAAAUUAUAAUUUUGAUAUAUUUUAUGAUAAGUGUUUACUAAUUAUUAAAAGAUAUUUAUUAGUGUAUAAAGAAAUAAAUGAUAUAUUGUUAAAAAGGAGUUCAAAAGAUGGCGGAACUACAAACUGUGUAAAUGUAAACUCCUCUUUACGUGACGAAGAAGGGGAAUAUAGGAACAACAUAAUUGGGGGAAAAAAUGCCCCCAUCAGUAUUAAUAAUAAUAAUAGCCCUGAUAAUAAUUAUAACAAUAAUAAUAACGAUAAUAGUAAUAUUAGCAAUAGAAAUUGCAACGGAAACUUCAGUAGUAACCACAUCAGCGGUAACAGUGGUGUACUGUACGAUUUAAUAGACAACAAUAUGCUAAUUCACAACAACAGACUACUUUUUGACUACGAUGAUGACAGCGAAAUAUACACAUCAAGUGAGGAAGAAAUUGUUAUAGAAAGUAAAUCCUUUAAAAAGAAAAAGAGCAUUAAGGGUAAUAAUAAAAAUCGAAAGAAUUAUGCAAAUGAUUCAGAUUAUUUGAAAAAUAAUAAUCGGAAAGAUGUUUUGAAAGAAAAGGAAUAUUUCGAUAGAAUGGAAAAAGAAAGAGUUACACGUAGAUAUAAAAAGAGAAGCAAAAAAAUAUGUUUGCUUAACAGAUACCCUUCAUAUUUAAGAGACCUUAUAAGAAUUGUAAAAAUUGCCAAAAAUCAAGAAAAGAAAAUUUUACAGAUAAAUUUCUUAAAAAAAUAUUCGGAAUAUAUGAAUAGAAAUAAAUUGAAUACAUUGUUUAAUAAAUUGUAUAUAUCUAAUUGUUAUAUGAAUAACAAAAGUUAUAUUGAAAAGAAGAAAAAAAGAUUGUUGUAUCGAAUAGUACGUCACAAACUGGUGAAUUAUCUUUAUAAGAAUCAUGAUAUAUUUUUAGAAAAAUUAUUGAAGAAGAAAAAUAGCUACAAUAAUUUAAGUAUAGAAAAUAUAGAAAAAUUACUUGAAACGCAUAAUUGUGCUAAGUGCUCAUUGUCUUCUACUUUGAAAUCUUGCAAAAUGUGCAAGGAGAAAGUGAAAAUUCUUUUUUAUAUAACUUUUUAUGAUAAUUUAAAUUAUACCUCCAUUUUGAGAAAUGCAAAUAGUAAGGAUGGUAAAGGGAAUAAAACGAGUGAAGCGAAGCAUUUGUUGACACACAUUUUUCUUAACAAAAAAGAGAAAAGGAAAACAAUUAAUGUAGAGUAUGAUAUAUCUUAUCAUGAAAAUAAGUAUAUAUAUAUGGUAUCAAAAAAUAAUAUUUUUUGCCAUAUAUUACAUGAAAAUUACAUAAGAGAUAAUUUUAAUGAUUUGCUAUUGAGAAUUAAAAAUGGAAGUAGAGGCUAUAAUUUGUUACAUGUCAUUUUUAAUAAAUACAAAAAUAAAAAUUAUUUUAAUUAUAAAAAGAUGAAACCGUAUUUAGAAAAUUUCUAUCGUUCUACUUCCAGUACAACGGGGAGUAGUACUACCAGCGGGGUAAGAUCUAAUUCCCAAAGAAAUAUAGAAGGAGGAAUAUUGUUGGUUGAUUCAUUUUAUGAUAAUUUUUCAAGUGUAAUUGUUAAAGAUGAAAAGAAUGUAAAUAUAUUUUAUGAUAAAGUAUUUGAAAAUUUUUAUAACAUAUUAUAUAUGGAUAAAAGUAGUUCGAAUAAAAUAAUGUACCGUAACGUAGGCAGAAAGGAAAUAGAAGUUGUUAACUGUGAUGGGGGAGACUCUGAUGCGGAUGACGUAUUUUCUGGGGGUUCUAUAAACGACAAGCUUAUGCACUUGAACAAUUACAGCCACGGCGUUGGUAACUAUAUCGGCAAUAACAGUGGCAGGCACCCAUCCAAUGUAGCAAGACGGACAAGAAACGAAGAAGGCAAAUUGACUUUACCAAAAGAAAUGAGCAAAGUGUAUAUGAAUGUGAAAAAGAUGAGCAAUAUUGACGAUCAAUAUAUAGAUGAUGGUGCGUGGGAUAAGAAUUACCAUAAUAAGUAUUAUUACCUUAAAAAGAUGACAAAGAAAAAUAGUGAGGUCACAAGUAGAAAUGAUAAUAAUAUGAUGAAUAAUACAUUUAAUGAUUAUUUUAAAAAAAUAAAUGAAGAAACUGCUAUUCUAGUAAAUAGCGAUGAUAGUGAUGAAAAUAUCCAAUGUAACCGCGGGAAAACCCAAUACUUAAUGAACUAUUUAAAAGGGGUAAACAGUAGAAAUGUCGAUGGUAGUACGUGUAAUAAAUUUAUAUUAGAAAGGUACAGAAUGAGAAAUUAUAAAAAAUAUAUUAUUGUACACCCUUUGAUUAAUUCGAAAUGUAUAGGAUUUAAAAUUAAUGUAAAGGACAUUGCGAAUAGGGAUCUAGAUAUAUAUUGUAUUAACAAUACAGAAUAUGUGAAUGCGUAUAAGAACACUGUCCACUUUUUGAUGAACAGUGUAAAUAUAGAUAUGAAAAAGAAGUAUGAUGAGUAUAAAAAUAUUAGAAGCAGGGUAAAUAAGGGGCAAAAUGGAGUGCACGUAAAUGAACUCGACAUAAAUGGUGCACGAAAAAGUGGAGUACACCCAAAUGACGUUGACAUAAAUGUCGACUAUGCAAAUGUCGACUACGCAAAUGUCGAUUACGCAAAUGUUGAUUACAUAAAUGAGAGCAGGAGGAACAAAAAUACAGUGAAUGAAUACAUAGUUGUCAUAGACGAAAAUAUGGUAGAGGAUAAAUACAAAAUUGAUAUAUACGACUAUGGCGACGUAACUGCAUAUAUAGUAAAUACAAAAAAAGAAAAGAAAAAAGAAUUUUAUUCCAAUUUUAUAAGAAAUGAAAUAUAUACGCAUAGAUGGAUAAAUAGACUCCAGUUCAAAUUACAAAAUUAUAGUAAUGUAUAUGAACAUAGUUAUAUAAAAAGUUCACAUUUGAAACAGUUAAAGGAGUAUUUAUACGGGUUACUGAUAAAUUGUUAUUAUGAAAAUAUAUAUGAUGUUUCUUUUAAUAUAUUAUUAAGUUCUAAUUAUAGAAAUUUUAAUCCAGAAAAAGAAUAUGUUUUAAAAAAUAUCAGUUAUAAUUUGAAUGGCAUUUACCAGAAUUUGUUAAUGUGUAUUCAGAGUGACAUUCUUAAUUAUGAAAGAAUUAGAAGUUCUAAUAAUAAAGUACUAUUAGAUGAACCUAGUAUUCAAUUAAGGGUAAAUAAUUAUUUGUUAAAUAAUAAGUGGAAUAAACAGAAUAGAGAAUUUUUUGAUCAAAUUAUUAACAAAUAUAGAUUUAUAUUUUUAUAUUAUAUGGUAUAUACAUAUCCAAAAUUUUUACACAUUUUUAAUAUAAUUAAAACAAAAAAUUUUAGAGCAUAUAUAAAAAAUUGUAUGCCUGAAAAGGAUAAUGAUCACCAACAUAUUCAUGUAGAACAAAAGGGUUUUACAUCUGAAAAGAAAAUAUUAAAAAGUGCCAAGAAAAAUAAAAUUGAAAACAAUAUGGAAGAAACAUUACUUUCGAAAGAUGUGUACUUACCUCCAUAUAAAGUUGAUAGUAACAUAUUAAAUGCUUUUUCUCUGAGUGACCUAUUAUUAGUAGAUAUAAAUAAAGAAGAAAACCAUUUUGAAAAUUCCACCUUUUUAAAUGUGUUAAAUGGGGUAUCAAGUAUAGAAACAGUAGGAAAGCAAGUGCAUCCUACUUGUUAUAAUACAUUUUUAUUUUACAUGCAGAAUAAUAAUCAAUAUAUUAAAAAUAUAAUGAGAGUAAAUCAAAUAGCAACUAUAUUUUCAAUUCUAAAUGCUUAUCUUUCAUUCAUAACAGCUCGCUGUUAUAAUUAUUUUAGAACAAAUAAUCUUUGGAAAUAUCUUAUAUAUAAUUUUAAAGAAAUCCAAAAGACAGAAAAUUAUGAAGAAUUUUCAAUUAGGGAAAAAGAUUUCCCAUCUUCUUUUGUUCAAAGAUUUUUAGAUACAUUUUUACUUAAAAAAAAUGAUAGCUAUUUUGUUUCAGAUCGUACCCAAUGUAAACUUUUGGUUUACACGUUAUUAAUACAGCUGUGUCUGACGGAUAACUUGUUACCAUUAAACUUAGCUUUAAUAAAUAAAAAUAUUAGUUAUACUCUAAGAGAGCUCAAUUUUACUUUUAAGGGUAGGAAAGCAAUAUCAUUUAAUAUACAAGCAUAG